GUUAAAAAUAAAGUAAGCGGUAUUUUGUACUAACUCGGUAUCUCUACCCCCCUCUUCUACUGUAAUGAAAUGGUUCUGCAUUUUUAAACCAAUCACAAGAGUGAAUUCCAGUGGGUGUUUAAACUUCUCAGGAAAAAGGACAUUAAGGCGGCGAAACCAUGACCAAGAAGCUGGUGAUCAUCGACACAGACUGUGGCAUAGAUGACGCUCAGGCCAUAAUGAUGGCCUUGGCGGCGUCCAACCUGGAGGUCCUGGCCGUGACCUGUGUGUUCGGGAACGCGGCGGUAGAAAACGUGUGUCAGAACGUUUUGCGGGUUCUCUCCGUCUGUGAGCGCCAGGAGAUUCCGGUGUUUCAAGGCUCUGCUGGUCCCCUUGUAGGAUUCAGUAAUCUAUUCAGCGACCACUUUGGAGGUGAUGGACUUGGGGAUGUGAUAAAGGACCAAGACCCUCAGUGGAAGGAGAAAAUCCAACCGGAGCACGCAGUCAAUGCUUUGAUUAGGCUGGUGUCUGAACAUGAAAAGCAGGUCUCCUUGGUGGCCCUCGGCCCGCUCACCAAUCUGGCGCUGGCUGUCAAGCUGGAUCCAUGCUUCUCCCAAAAGCUCAGAGACCUCUUCAUCAUGGGCGGCAACAUGGAAGGAAAGGGGAACGUGACCCUUUGUGCAGAGUUUAACUUUGCGUCGGAUCCAGAAUCUGCUUACGUUGUUCUAGAAGAAUUCCUCUGCCCCACCUACCUCGCCACAUGGGAGUACUCAUGCAGGAACGCCCUGACUUGGGAGUUCUUUGAGGAGCUGAUCAAUCAGGAUGCCCCUGCAGCCCGCUUCAUGAAGAUGAUAACAUCAAAGUGUCGGGCCUACUCCAAAGAGACCAUGAAGAUUAAGAGAGACGUGUACUUUGGGCCUGGCUUUGUCUCUUAUGACGCCUACGCCAUGGCGGCCUGUAUUGACAGCAGCAUAGUGCUGGAGAGCAUCGAGUGCCCCGUGCGCGCGGAGGUGCAGGGCUCCAUGACUCGUGGCAUGUUGGUGCUAGAUCGAACAAACUCCCUAAACAAGAGCCACACUGUGAGGGUCAUGGUUAAAUGUGAUGUGGCCAAGUUUGGUGGGCUUCUGAUGGAAUCCCUCAGACAGCCGUAG